AUGAUUGGAGUGAAGAAGGCAAAUCCUACAUUUGAAUCUCCAAAAGAGGUUGGAUUCACAUCGAGCUCAUCAGUUUCUGAUAGUAGUUGUGAUGCUAACACACCAAGAUCUAUUAAUAGCCAUGGUUAUUUGUAUCCAUUUGUAUCGAGCUGCAGUAGCACCAAUCAAACUAAACGUUCAUCACAAGCAGGCUGGACAGAUGAUGAGGAUAAUUUGUUAACCGAUGUAGUCAAGAAAUACAACGGAAGGAACUGGAAGAAAAUAGCUGAAUGCAUACCAGGAAGGACAGAUGUUCAGUGUUUACAUCGUUGGCAAAAGGUUCUUAAUCCUGAAAUUGUGAAAGGACCAUGGACAAAAGAGGAAGAAGACCAUAUUAUAAAAAUGGUUGAGGCUCAUGGUUGUAUGAAAUGGUCAGUUAUUGCAAAGGAUUUACCAGGUCGAAUUGGAAAACAGUGCAGGGAGAGGUGGCAUAAUCAUUUAGACCCUGCUAUAAAAAAAGAAGCAUGGAGUAAAGAAGAGGAAUCAAGCUUAACAUAUUAUCACCAGAUAUUCGGGAACAAAUGGGCAGAAAUAGCUAGAUUUCUACCUGGAAGGACUGACAAUGCUAUAAAAAAUCAUUGGAAUUGCUCAUUGAAGAAGAAGAUGGAUUUAAACAUUCCACACAUUCUACCAAUUACUGUUCAUGAAACUACACACACUGAUUCCAUUUCCGAUGGUGAAAAAAGUAGACUAGAAAAUGAUUCCAUUGCUUGUAUAACAAACUUAGCUCUAGGAAUGGAUGAUUCCAUUCCCAGCGUUGAUGGUGAAGAAUGUCUAGGGUUUGCCAGGUUCGCAAAAGGAUGCGGAUUUAAACCACCGGUAACUCGUUUUGAAUCUCGUAAAAAGCGUAAGAUUGACAGAACCAACGAUUUGAAACUCGGAUCUUCACCAGAUUCGUCAUUUCUAAGCUUAUCGAUAUUCGGAUCAAGCAAAUAUGGUGAAUCUUCAAGUUUUGGACGUCAAAUUGGUCAGUUUUCUUGCUCGACUCCUCCUGAUCUUACACUAAGCAUCUCGUUUAGUGCGAGUUCUUCUGAAUCGGUGCUGACGAACUCUACAACGAGUUGCAAAAACGCGAAUUUAUCUGCACAUGAUUGGAAUCGAGAAAUUGAGACUGGUGAUUCGGAAAAUGUGAAGCAAAAUUCGGAUUUGUGGGCUCGUAAAUCUCAACCACGGUUAGGAAGACGUCUGGAUUAUAUAUUUGAUUCGGCUUGCGAUCCAACGGCUAUCAAUUGCUGUAGUAACUCCAGUACCAGUUGAUUGUGUGCAGAAAGUAAUAAAGAGUUGAACACGAAUGGUG